AUGACGUCUUAUUGCUGCACCUGUGCCGCACCACUGUUGGCCGGCAUUCCGAUCACUCCGGCCGCCCCGGUCACGCCAAAAGACGCCAAGACAGCCUCGCCUCAGCACCGCCAACUGCCUUGCUGCGACCGUUUUGUCUGCAGUCGUUGUUUAACGCAAAACGCUCGCUUUGCGACAUACUGCCCCUUCUGCCAGAUUGCGACUGCGCCACCGCCGUCGUCGAAGACUAUGGCAUCAGCAACCAGCGACCUCCUACCCCCGGGCCUCAAGGCACCACCACCUUAUCGUCGUUUCGGUGCCGGCGCAAGCACGUCGGCCGAUGCGCAACCGUCCACGGACGAAGCGCCGCCCCCGUACAGCACCAACAAUGCUCCUAACAACAACGCCACCUCCUCUCCCUCAUCUCCCUCAUCUCCCUCCUUUCCCUCCGAAAAAGACGCCGGUCCGGUCCUCCACUACCUCGACCACGACCGCGACUCCAUCGCCUCGCUGUCCCUCCGCUACAACGUCCCAGCCGCCCAGCUGCGGCAAGCAAAUCGUCUGGCGGCCGACCAUUUGCUGCAAGCCCGCCGCGUCAUCCAGAUUCCGUCGUCGGCCCACGCAGCCCUGACCUCCCUCUCGCCGCAGCCUGUCGAGAGCGAAGCUGAGGGCCGGCGCAAGGCGGCGAUUCGGCGGUUCAUGGUGGCGUGCAAAGUAUCCGACUACGACCUGGCGGUGCUGUACUUGGAACAAACGGCUUGGCGUGGAGAAGACGCGGAACUGGGCUACGACUACGAUCUGAGAGCCGCCGUCGAAGCCUUCCAGGCCGACGAGCAGUGGGAGAGGUCCCAUCCGGUGGAGGCCGCCAAGCAGAAGGCAGACGCGCGGCGGAAGAAGGCGCACAAGAACAGUGGCACCGACGGCAGGGUCGGUGGCUUCUUCUCGCGGCGGAGGAGCUGA